AUGGCUGAGCUGGAUGGACCCGUUCCAGGAGUUCCUCCGCUCGUGGCUCCACCAGCUCUCGGCCGCGCUCUUCGACGCGGCCUCGGCCUCCGCCUCCCCGUCGGAGCGCCCCAGGAGCGCUUCUUCGCGGCGAAGCGCGAGCUCGCGCGCCGCGACCCGGCGCUGGCCCUCGCCCUGCCGUGGCUGAGCCCGCUGUCCCGGGCGCUCCUCUGGCUCGGCGGGUGGCGCCCCUGCGCCGCCUACCGCGUCGCGGAGGCGUGGGCGGGUCUGUCGGCGGAGGCGAUGCGGCGGGAGACGAAGGCGGAGGAGGCGGCGGUGGAGAGGGACAUGGGGAGGGUGCAGCUGGGGCUGCUCAGGAUGGUGGCGCCGGGGGCCGGAGGGGACGAGGCGGCGGUGGCGGCGGCGAUGGAGCCGGUGGCCGUGGCGGCCGAUGCCGUGCGGAGGGUGGUGGCGGCGCUCGGCCCCCACCAGGUGCUCGCCUUCUUAGCCCAGCUGAUCGGGAUGGAGAUAGGCUUCUAUGCCAUGGAACCAGAUUAGCUACCAUGGAGAUAGGCUUCUUUUUCUGUACUAGGUUAUCGUUUCUUGUUACUUUUUCUCCUGUUUUUUCGCUUUCUCGAGGCCUCGGCUGCCUCACUCUAUGUAGCUUAAUUUAUCUUCUUUAUGAAUGAAGCAGGUAGCG